UGCAAAACAAGAGAUAAAAAACAAAAAGAAAAAAUAAAGAAGAAAAAAAGAGAAAAAAGAAAAAAGAAAAACCAGGAGAGAAUGGGCUCUCUCUCCCUCCUUUCUCCUCCUCAACCAGUUUAGGCAGCUCGCCUCCACCCCAACCACCGCAUCCACCAACAUCUCUGCCGCAAUCUCUCCUUCCUCCUCCUCCUUACCUUUUUCAACCCACUUCGAAAAACCAUUUCGUUUAUUCUCCUCUUUUCUAUCUCUCCCCUGUUUAAUCGAGGUAGACGAGUUCAACGGAAACUGGAGCUCCGGUGCACUGAGAAACAAAGCAAGAAAAAAUGAUGUUUGAUCUAUUCUCUCUAUGUGGGAAGCAAGUGGUUGAUAAUUGGUAGAGCUGCAAAUUUCCGGUUUCUGGCCUGGUUGGAUCAGUUGAUUCUAAGGAGUUGAUUAAAAGCGUGGCGAAUCUGGUCUACAGCUGAAGGCUUUGAGCAGCAUAUUUUGUGGAAUCAGAAACACUCUCCACUCUCCAGCAUUGAAGUAUUAAAUCGGGUACUUUUAGCUGAACUCAACAAGAUUUAUCCAUUUGAAUUGACAACGUGCACAUAUACAGACAUCUUGGUUUUUGUGAAUAUCGGGAACCAGCAAUUUACUAAAAAUUUAUCAUCUGGGUAUCAAUGUUUAAAUAAACUAGGCAACAGUUGAUACGUUCGCCAUGCACAAGCCAAAGAAAAGAAAUCUUCAAUCACCUCAGAAGUCAGCAGACUGGUUACAAUAUAUUAAUGAUUGUCUUCCUGGACUAGUAAUACCAGUUGGUCCUCGAUUUCAAGCAGAUGUUCCAGAAUAUAAUGAUCAGUUUGCAAAUGGUGAUUCAGAUACUUCAAGGUGGUUAGGUACCAAAACGUGGGCCCUUGAAGAUGAUGACAGUACUACCACCGACUCAGGAGGUAAAAUUGGUAAAGGAAGGCCUGAUUCCUGCUUUUGUUCUUCUCGCGGUUCUCCCCUAUGUGUAAAGCAACAUAUUACGGAAGCAAGAGCAAGAUUGCAAUCUUACUUGGGUCCUGCAUUUAAGAGUUGGAAUUUCGAUGAGAUGGGUUAUGAUGUUGGAAAGACCUGGUCGUCAAAGCAAAAAAAGAAAUUUGAUAAUCUUGUCAGGGCAAAUCCAUUGUCAGAGGGUAAGAGUUUUCUGCAGCCAGCUCAGUUAUCAUUCCCAUCUAAGACCAGGAAAGAUAUUGUCAGCUAUUAUCUCAACGUAUAUGUUCCCAAGCGCAUCAGCAUGAUAACUCAGUCAGGAUGUAAAGUGCUCGAUAGUGAUGAUGAUGAGGUUGAAGAAGCUCCAAAUGCCAAGAAUUCUCUGAAAAGAUCUCGACCCGAUAGUGAAGAUAGUAGUACAAAACUUGCCAAGUCCCACUACUUGACGGGGAGAAGAUGACACACCAGAACCGGUAUCUUACUCAACUAGUCUUUUCAAGUUCCUUUUAAGUUGAGAGGAUAACAUUUCUUUCUGUUGCCUGUAACUGAUGCACAUUACAGUGCAAUAAAUCGUUACUAGGAAUAGCAAAAUUUAGGUCUGAAUUUUAUGGUUAUACGUCUUCAAGGGGAUUUUCUUGCAGCCAGCUUGACUGAAUGUUGACUCUUGAGAAGCUGUAGCUGUGUAUCUAGGAAAAUCUUAUUGCUGCGCAAAUUUUGUCACACUAUUUUUUCAGCUCAUAUAGUGCUUACUGCUUAGAUGAGUGGGUUAAUUGAAACUUUUCAUGUGUCAAAUGCGAAGUUAUGUUUGAAGUACUGUUGGGGAAAAUUGAGUGGAAAUUUUGAUUAGGCUUGA